CCCUCUCUCUCUCUCUCUCUCUCUAUCUCUCUCAACAUUUGACCCCUAAUAUCACUCCCUCGUUGCUCACUUUCCUAUUUCUCCGCUGCGUCCUCUUCAUCUUCUCGGAUCCGCGAAGAUUCCUGUAAGUUUUUCCCCCACAAAGGUGCCUUUUUUAUGCUCCAUUAUCGUAAUCAUGGGUAUUGUUGCUCGUGAUGCUCCGUGAAGGGUAUAUUCGACUUGAUUUGGCACCAAUCGGGGACCAUUUGGGCUUUUGGUGGCUAAAUAUGGCUACGUGAUGGUUUUUGGUUUGAUGUGGCAGAGUAAAGGUGUUACUGCUGUGCACAAAAUAUAUCUUGUUCAACGGCUUGCUUUAUGUGUUUGAUCCGCAGCUCCCUCCCUGCUAUUUAAUUCUUAAGAUAUAAUGGUGGAAGGCUGUGUUGGUCCGAGUGAGCUUCACUUGAAGAAAGAGUUAACUGCCCUUCAGAAGGCCCGCUUUUUACGUGACCCUGAAACUUGUUCAUCUUGGAGGUCUCCUUUGAGUUCCAAAUCACUUACUGUGACUUCUAAUAUUCCUUAUGCAAAUGGAAUUGGAGGCUACACGACACAGAAAGAUGGUGCUUAUUCACUCGCGUUGCCUCCACGAAGUGAAUACAGAAGGAAAAAAGUAUAUCUCUAUAACUGGAGGAAUCAAUCUAAUAAAUCUAGCGAUAGUGAACUAAAGAUAAAUGGGGACGGCAUGGCAGCUUCAGUUGAGGGAAGCCCGAGUUUAAGCAACUCUCAUGAUGUAGAAUCUAAGAGUGAUACGUAUCUCGAGGUCCCAGUGAAGAUCUACAGUGUUGGGGGGUCAAAUUCCGUGACUCCAGUAAAAACAAGUGUUAGAAAAUUGAGAAGAAAUUCGAUUUCGAAAAAAGGAGCAAUUAAACAUUCAAUGGUUUCAAAGCUGCUCGAUCUCCCUUCCAGCUCAUUAGGAAUUUCCAAAUCAGGCGAGCAGUCCGAUGAUACAGAGAACUGCAACUCUGCAGAUUUGCAGAGGUUGACUCACGAACUCACCCGAAAAGGUGCUUACUUUUCUCGCUCUGCUUCACCAUUACUCUCUGCGUCGGGAUGCGGGAAUUGGUCAAAUUCCUCAAAAAUACUCAGAAGAAAUAGAAGAGAGGGAUCUUCUCAUUCUUGUACGCCUGCUUCAACUAACUCUUAUUACCGUUAUGGAUGCCCUAGCACCAUUGGUUCUUUUGAUGGAGAUGAAUUGGAUCAACUAGCUUUAGCAAGGCGUCAGGGUUGUGGCAUCCCUUGCUAUUGGUCAAAAAAGACUAAAGAGAGCGGAUGCGGCGGUUGUUAUUCUCCUUCACUAUCAGAUACUCUGAGGAGAAAGGGCAGCAGCAUUCUUUGUGGGGGCCAGUCAUUGUAUAAUAAGAAGAGAUCGUCUAUUAAGAGAAAAUAUCUGGAAAAAUCGUCCCAAGGAUUGCCUCUCUUGAUGAAUAACUGUGACGAGGGUAGUUCAUCAUUUGAUUCAGCAAGUGAUGAGCUUUCUGCUAACUUUGGGGAGCUUGAUUUGGAAGCUGUAAGCCGUUUGGAUGGGAGGAGAUGGUCUAGCUGUAGAAGCCAGGAGGGAAUUGAAGUAGCUUCACGUCGAGGAUCAGAUAUGGAGCUUACUGAGCAGAGAAGCUUAAGUCAAAAGUACAGGCUAAAGACUUUUGACGAAGUAGUUGGCCAAAAUAUUGUUGCUCAGUCACUUAACAAUGCUAUUAUAAGGGGAAGAAUAGCCCCUGCAUAUUUGUUUCAAGGUCCUCGUGGGACUGGGAAAACAUCAGUGGCGAGAAUAUUUGCAGCAUCUUUAAACUGUCUUGCCACUGAAGAAAACAAACCGUGCCGGCUCUGUAAAGAGUGUGCUAAUUCUUUGAAUGGAAAUGGAAUGAAUCUAAUUGAAGUGGAUGCUACUAAUAAGAGUGGCCUCGGAAAAGUUAGAUACUUAUUGAAAAACAUAUCAACGAUUGCAACUCACUCCCGGUAUAAAGUCUUUGUCAUUGAAGAAUGCCACAUGUUGUCUUCCAAAAUGUGGUCAGCAUUCAUAAAAUUUCUUGAUGAGCCAUUAGCUAAUGUUGUCUUCAUAUUCAUAACAAUUAAUCCUGAGAACUUGCCGCGUGCGAUCAUUUCAAGAUGUCAAAAGUUCAUAUUUUCUAAGAUCAAAGAUGUCGAUAUAGCUUGUCGGUUGAGAAAACUCUGUGUGGAAGAAAAUCUUGAUGUUGAAUCAGAUGCUUUGGAUUUAAUUGCUCUGAACUCAGAUGGAUCACUACGUGAUGCAGAAACGAUGUUAGAUCAAUUGAGUUUGCUGGGGAAAAAGAUAACCACAUCUCUUGUGAAUGAUCUAGUUGGGGUUGUCUCAGAUGAGAAGUUACUUGACCUAUUAGAGAUAGCUAUGUCAUCAGACACUGCUGAGACGGUAAAGAAGUCCAGAGAGCUGAUGGAUUCUGGUGUUGAUCCAAUUGCCUUGAUGUCUCAAUUAGCUGGGCUGAUAAUGGACAUUAUUGCUGGAACUCAUCAGCUAGCCAACUCUCGAUGUAGUGGUACAGCUCUUACUGGGCGAAAUUUAACUGAAGCUGAGUUGGAGAGACUACAACAAGCUUUGAAGAUCCUUUCCGAUGCCGAAAAACAGCUUAGGCUUUCAAGUGAACGCUGUACAUGGUUCACCGCAGCGCUACUACAGCUUGGUUCGAACCAAAAUUCAGAACAGAGUGCUAAAAAGAUUAAUAAUGGACCCACAGAAUCUGCCAGAGACUCGAUUGGAAGGAAUACUUCUCAUCCUCUCCUCACCUUUCGUGAAUCAAAAUCUACUCUGGGUCCUAGAACAACUAGUGGGCAUUCCACUCCUCAUGGCCUCCCCUCAUAUAGGAGAAGAUCGAAUGAUACCUCUAGUAAAAGUGAAAAUUUGGCUGCGGAUUCCAGAUCUGUUGAUAAACCAUUACCGGAAUUUUCUCAGACGAGUGAUACCUCCGAAAAGAGAAUUUUGAAAUGUGUGAACCCAGACAAGUUGGCUGAGAUAUGGAGAAGAUGCAUAGAUAGAUGUCAUUCAAAGACACUGCGGCAGUUGCUUUCUGAUUUUGGAAAGCUACUAUCGAUAAGUGAAUGUGACGGUGUCUUGAUCGCUUUCAUAGCAUUCGAGGAUGAUAAUGUCAAGUCUAGAGCAGAGAGAUUCUUGAGCAGUAUCACAAACUCGUUAGAGACAGUCUUGAAAUACACUGUGGAGGUUAGAAUAGGUCUAAUGCCUGAAAUUUUUGUUGAGAGGCAAAACCUAGAACAGAAUUCUCGUGCCACGAACCAAACAGAAAAGUUUAAAUCUUUUGCUAAGGAAAGGCGAUUAGAUUCUGAUUUGCUCUGUGGCUCAUCAAAUAGUGAGAGACUCAAGGAACCCCCCAACUUGCCUAGGAGGAACUCUGAUCAUUCUGAAGGAGGCAUCAACAGCAGAGAGAAUGAAGUUUCAGGACAAAGGGCAAAAUCGGCAUCUGUUGAUGAGCAAAGGUUAGAGAGUGCAUGGCUUCAAGCUGCAGAGAAAUGCACACCUGGGUUUUUAAGUCAUCCAAAGCCCGAGAAGAACCAAGUUCUCCCACAAAAUGGUGUAGGUCAGAAUCGUAAUAAGUCGAUCACACUUGCUGUAUCCUCGAAGUGUUGGGAAGAGGAGCAGGAUUGUGAGAUCAAAGCUUUAAAAAUCAGCAAUACCCAAUGCCACAAGAAAGAUCAUGUGGGAGGUAAAGGGAAUGGAUAUGCCAUUUCACCAAGUUUGCUUCACAGCGCCAACUACGCACCGGCCAAUUUUGAUAAAGAGAGCCAGGGUUACGAGUCUGGACCUAACUGUAACGGUCUCCUUUGUUGGAAAACCAAUAAUUCACAUGGAAAGAAGGUGAAGCAAGGAGUCCAUGUAAGAUCACAUAAGACGGGCCGUCUCUCAUUAUUUGGGGAUUGUGGAAAGCCAAAAGCUGCAAGAAGCAGACCAAAGGCAUGAGAGAACAAAUCUAGCAGUUUUGCUGGCUCGAAAAGCUUAUUCUUCUUGCAAUUUUUCUGUAUAUUUCUCAGCAAAAAGUCCCCGUCUUCUCAAGUAUAGAGGUAACUACGACUUGCAUGUCUCAAAUUCUAUGGUAAGAUUAACUCCGCCUCCAAAAUCGUACAAUUUUGCGAGCUUUUAUGCUCUCUUUUCUUUUUUGUUAAAUAGAUUUGGAAAGCAAAUAGGAUGGCAACUUGCUGAUUUAUAUUAGUGCUUAUUGUGAUCAAGUUUGUUUCUAAUGAGAGGAUGAACACUUGCAAGCUGGUAAUAGAUGCCAUCACGGUUACAAUUAUUGAA